AUGGCCGACAUCGAACGUGGCUAUAAAGGUCCUACGACAUCGUCUGGCGAUGAAGAUACCCAAUCUUCAAAGGGAUCGGCCAACGUCGGCCAGGAACACCUUGCCGGUGUGACUCCUCCUCAUGAGUCGUACGAGGGAUACCAUAGAUUUGAUCCGACCGCUUCUUGGUCGGUUAAGGAGGAGCGUAAGGUGAUAUUCAAAACCGACAUGUUACUCUUGACCUGCCUUUGUCUCAUGUUCUUUGGGCUGCAACUGGAUCGUGGAAACCUUUCCAAUGCGCUGACCGACAACCUUCUCAACGAUCUGAACCUGACGAGCGAUGACUACAACAAUGGCACAACCAUCCAGCUUGUCUGUUUUCUGGCAGCCGAGUUUCCCGUUCAACUGUUGAUCAAGCGGUACGGGUUCAAGCGCGUCCUACCGCUCAUGAUGAUCGGCUGGAGUCUGGUGUCGUGGACCCAGGCCUGGAUGGAAAGCAGGGCAUCGUUCUACGUGACUCGAGCCUUGAUCGGAGCGUUCGAGGGAGGAUUUAUCCCCGGUACAAUCUUAUUCGCGACAUAUUUCUACAAGACAAAGGAACUGUCUGUUCGACUUGCAUUCUUCUGGUCCACGCUGAAUGUUGCGCGAAUCAUCUCCUCUCUUCUAGCCGCAGGUAUUCUCGAGAUGCGAGGCGCCCAGGGAAAGACAGGCUGGUUCUGGCUCUUCCUCAUCGACGGCCUCCUCACUUUUGUCAUUGGCCUUGUGAGCAUGUUCUACCUCCCCAGCUCCCCAACAAACACAAAGAGCGCAAUAUACCCUAAACCAUGGUACACCGAGCGCGAAGAAACCAUCAUGAUCAACCGCCUCCUCCGCGACGACCCCUCCAAAGGCCUCACGCACAUCAACGAAGCCGCCACCCUCAAAGACGUGCUCAACGCCUGGAGCGACAAAUCCAUGUGGGGUCUCUACCUCGUCGGCCUAGUCGCCUACAUCCCCCAAGGCCCCGUACAAUCCUACCUCUCGCUGACGCUGAAACGCCUCGGCUUCUCGACCUUCGACUCAAACAUGCUCUCGAUCCCGUCCGCCGUGCUGCAGAUAAUCCUCAUGCUGAUCCUGUCCAAGAGCAGCGAGUUUUUCGGCGAACGCACCUUCCACUGCUUCGUCGGCGAGCUGUGGACGUUACCGCUCCUCGCAGCGCUCCUGGGCCUUCCGGCUCACGGAUACAACUGGCCCCGGUUCGCCAUCACGACGCUGAUCUCCGGGUAUCCGUAUUUUCAUCCGAUUGUGUCGGCGUGGAUCUCCGAGAAUACGUUCGAUGUGAAGAAGAGGGCGAUUACAGCGGCGACGUAUAACGUGAUUGUCCAGGUUGGGUCGAUUAUUUCGUCUCAAAUCUACAGAGACUAUGACAAGCCGUAUUACUAUACGGGUAACAAGGUUCUUAUUUCGAUCUGCUGUCUGUCGCUAGCUGUGUUUGUCACUCAGCGCGAGUUUCUGCGCUACUUGAACAGGCAGAAAGAUAGGAAGUGGAAGGCCAUGUCCGCUGAGGAGCGUAUCAUCUAUCAGUCGGAUCAGACGGAGCGAGAGAAGGACGGGAACAAGAGGUUGGAUUUCCGCUUUAAGUAUUGA